CUGUGGUCACCACUGACUGAGUCACUGACUGAGUGGUCACUGUUUGGUUUCUUCGGUAUUUUGCUUGACCUGAAAUAUCAUUCCACUUUGCUAACUCUGAAUAACUUGAAAUAUCACGAUGCCAUCAUAUAAACUAACAUACUUCAAUGUACGAGGCAGGGCAGAAAAGAUAAGACUCCUGUUUGCAGCUGGCGGUACCGAAUACGAAGAUUACAGAUUCAAGGAUGGCGAAGAAUUUAGAAAACUUAAAGAGGGUGGCACAUUUCCAUUUGGUCAGGUUCCUGUUCUUGAGGUAGAUGGAAAGAUGUUGUGCCAGUCAAUGAGUAUAUUCAGAUUUGUUGCCAGAGAGAUAGGAUUUUCUCCCAGUGACGAUUUUGAGAUUGCUAAAGCAGAUAUGGUUGUUGAUGGACUUGUUGAAUUGAUGGAAAAAGCAGUUGCAGCAUACAGGGAAAAGGAUCCAGAACUCAAGAAAAGUUUAUUCAAAACAUUUGCUGAGAAGGAGUUUCCUGAUGGAUUAGUAGCAUUUGAGAAAUUGCUCAAAGCAGGUGGUGGUAAAUAUUUUGCUGGUAAUAAGAUGACGUACGCUGACAUUAUGUUCUAUAGCAGUGUUGAGUCAGCCUAUUACCAUGAAGCCAAGGAAGGUAUUCCUGCUGUUUUGGAUCGAUUCCCGUUAUUGAAAGAUCUGUACGAGACAGUUGGGAACAACCCAGGAAUCAAGGACUGGGUCAAGAAGCGUCCAGACACACAAAUGUAGAGGAACAAAUUUGCAACUGAACUUCUCAACAAUCCAUGAUAAUUACUUGAUUUUAGUUAGAAUAAUUGAUAUACUCUGUAGUCUUGUAGAUUUCGAAUGAAAUUGAAGUAUUAGUCGGAAAUAAAACACGUGAUUCCAUGCAAGUA